AUGCCUGCAUGGAAAGCAAUUAAUAAUAUUUUAAGUCGUAAGUCACCCAAAUCAAUUAUCAAUAAUAAUAUGAAAGUAAAUGAUCGAGACGUAGUCAUGCCCGAAGAAGUCUCGGAUUGUUUCAAUAAAUACUUUGCUGACAUAGGGGCCAAAGUUGCAAAUUCGGUCGAAAAUAGUAAUUGUACUUUUGCUGAAUAUUUGAACAACUCCGCUUCCAAAAAUACUACCUUUAGUUUUCAAACUGUGGAACCACAAUUAGUUUAUCAUCUAUUGCAAACAAUUUCACCUUCUAAAGCUACCGGAGUUGACAAAAUUCCAGAAAAAAUACUGAAGUUAGCUGCUCCUGUAAUUGCUCAGUCUUUAACUAAUUUGUUUAAUUAUUCCAUAACUACUGAAACAUUCCCAUCCGAAUGGAAGAUAGCAAAAGUUAUUCCUCUUCAUAAAUCAGGGCCUAGAAAUCUGCUCGAUAAUUACCGCCCAAUUUCUAUUUUACCAACAAUCAGCAAAAUAUUCGAGAAAAUUAUUUAUAGGCAGAUAUUCACCUAUUUAAAUACCAAUAAUAUCAUUUCGAAAUAUCAGUUUGGAUUUAGACCAAAUCAUUCUACUGCUGAUGCAUUGCUACAUAGCACGAACGAAUGGUAUACAAAUUUGGAUCGUGGCAUGUUCAACAUUGCUGUCUUUCUUGAUCUAAAAAAAGCCUUUGACACAAUAAAUCAUAAGAUCUUAACGUCAAAGCUAGGUUUUUAUGGGUUUGAGUCCUCCGCACUUAAUUUUAUUAGUUCAUAUUUAAAAAAUCGAUCACAAUUGUGCUACGUGAAUGGGCAUUUAUCUAAUUCCCGCAAUAUUAAUUACAGAGUCCCCCAAGGAUCUAUUUUAGGUCCUUUGCUUUUCCUAGUUUAUAUAAACGAUUUUACCAAAUUGUGUUCAUACGUCUAGUGUUAGAAUGUUCGCAGACGAUACUACUCUAACUGCAUGUGGCAAAUCAUUAUUGGAAAUUGAAUCGAAAAUAAAUAGUGAUUUGGCAAAUGUUAACGCGUGGCUCUUAGCCAACAAAUUAAGUCUAAACCUUGUUAAAACUGAGUAUUUAUUGAUUGGAAGUCGAUCUAAGAUCAAUAAUCUUACCUCUGAACCUAACAUUGUGAUCAAUAAUAGACCCAUUAAACGUGUAACUGAAACGAAGUCCCUAGGUAUUCUAAUUGAUCAAUUUUUAUCUUGGGAUAGUCAUUUAGAUGAAUUAUGUAAAAAG